AUGAACGGUGGGCUCGUGCAAGGGGCCGCCGGCCACGGUCGCAGCAGCGGCAGGGCUGGCGGCCUGUUUAUCCACCAGGCCGCCGCCAUUGACGCCCUGUUGCUGGCGCGGCGGCACGUGGUGGUGGCCACCCCCACCGCCAGCGGCAAGUCCCUGUGCUACAACGUGCCGGUGCUAGAGGCCCUGGCGGCGGACAGGGACGCCUGCGCCCUGUACCUCUUCCCCACCAAGGCCCUGGCCCAGGACCAGCUGGCGGCCCUGAGGGGCAUGCUGGCUGCGGCCUUCGGGCCGGACGCCGCCGCCAUCGUGGAGCUGUUGGUGACCAACCCCGACAUGCUGCACUGCAGCAUCCUGCCCUUCCACACCCAGUUCGCGCGGCUGCUGGGCAACCUCAAGUAUGUCAUCGUGGACGAGGCCCACGCCUACCACGGCGCCUUUGGCUGCCACACCGCCCUCGUGCUGCGCCGUCUCCGCCGCCUCUGCGCGCGCGCCCACGGCUCCGAGCCGCUCUUCGUCCUGACCAGCGCCACCGUGGCCAACCCCGGGCGCCACGCGUCCCUGUUGCUGGGGGAGGGCGAGGCGGCGGUGCAGGUGGUAGGGGAGGACGGGUCCCCCAGUGGCGCCAAGGCCCUGGUGCUAUGGAACCCGCCACUGACGGCCGACGCCAAGUGA